UCUAAUCAGAUGACAUGGUAAAGUGGAGAACCCUCCUCCCUGAAAACAGGAUGACCGUCUAUUUCUCCAGAUGGUUUUCCGAUCUCGAUUGGCGCCGGCUGCUCUUACUCAUCCCUCCCCUAUCUCUCAUACUCUUCCUCUCGCUCUCCUCCUUCUCUUCUUCCUCUUCUUUUUUCUCUCCCACCAAUAUCCCUUUUGCUCCCAUCCGAUCCAUCUUUCGCGGCGGCCGUGCCUUCCAGUUCCAGGUGCCGUCCAACAACUUCAAUUCAACGCCAAUUGCUUCGCCCACUUCACCUACAGGGACUCCAAACCAAAAUCAAAAUCGGACCGAGUCGUUGAUCAAGAAGAAGAAGGAGGAUGAAUUGGGUCGCUCCAGAAUCGCCGUCUGCUUGGUAGGUGGGGCCCGGAGGUUCGAGCUCACGGGGCCGUCCAUCCUCGAUAAGAUUCUCAACAAAUAUUCCAAUUCCGAUCUUUUCUUGCACAGUCCUGUGGACCCCAACGCCUUCAAGUUCUCGCUCCUCAAAUCGGCGCCAAGGAUCGCCGCCGUCAAAAUCUUCCACCCCAAACCAAUGCCCGAGACUGAGUUCCAGCUCCGAGUCCUAACCGCCCAGAACUCGCCCAAUGGCAUCCAGGGUCUGUUGCAAUAUUUCAACCUGGUGGAAGGCUGCCUAACUAUGAUCCAAGCUUACCAAAAACAGAACAACUUCACCUACGACUGGAUUGUCCGAACCCGAGUUGACGGCUACUGGAACGCCCCCCUCCACCCCAAAUACUUCGUGCCCGGUCACUACCUGGUCCCACCAGGCUCCAGCUAUGGCGGACUCAACGACCGCUUUGGAGUUGGCGACCUCAACACCUCCACUGUCGCCCUCUCCCGCCUCUCCCUCCUUCCCCAGCUCGACGCAGCCGGACUCCACCAACUCAACUCCGAAACCGCCUUCAAGGCCCAACUCACCAGCCAAGGGGUACCUUACGUCACUAAACGACUCCCCUUUUGUAUCGUAACAGACCGCCAGUACGAGUUCCCGCCACACCGCUUUGGAGUGCCGGUGGCGUCCUUGUCAAGCCCAGGGCCAUUGAGCGGGGCCAAGUGCAGGCCUUGCACGCCUGUGUGCCGAGGGCCAUGCGUGGCGGACGUGAUGUUGAGCCUCUACAAAGGAUGGAGCUGGACCCACUGGGCCAACGGCACCCUUGAUCUCUGUGAUGCUCAUAAAGCUUGGGAAAAGAAUUGGGAGAGCAAAUUUGACCGAGUUGCUGGGAAGAAACUCGCUGCCGAGCGAAAGCGAGUUGCAGGCAUGACGACAGAGCAAUGCAUUCAUGAUUUCAACCAACUGAAGAACCGAACUGCCAACUGGGACGCACCGCCGGCGGAACAGAUUUGUAGCCACUGAACAUUAACAAAUACAGAACGACAAUGAUAGGAGAAAGAAAUAUAGUGGGGAAGAGAGUGUUUUUGGAUCCGUACAUUCUCUUGAUUUUGUUUUUUUUUUUUUUUUUUUUUAACAAGAAACAUUUUCUUGAUUUAAUCAUUUGGAGUGAUUUUUUAACAAGAACACUCAGGCUUUACAGCUCAAACUAUAUUACUUUUU